CUAUGGCAACAAUAUCAGCUAUGAUAGCGAGGUUACGCCUCGGAAAGGUUUUUCUGCCAGCCCGCUAUGGCGUCGCGCUGUAAUAUUGUUGUCUCUUCGAAAAGCAAGCAAUAAGCUCAGCUAAAUUUGUCCGGGUGGUCUACGCGGGAAUCUUCGCAACGGACAGCCCCUUGCCAAGCGGCAUACAGUCUUCCGAGACUACAGUAAAGGACUGACAGCCUCCCGGCUGCAGAAUGAGGAAGGAUGUGCAGUACAGAGAUUUGCCAGGAGGACCUCUGAUGGUCAAGUUCGCCGACGAGCUGCCGUUGUGUUCUCUGUGCUCGAAAUGCGGCAUGCUCUCCAAGGACAUGUUCGAGGACCCGUCGUCACACGCCUUCUGCAGCAUAUGCAUCUUCGAGUGCAGUGACCGGAAGAAAAUACACUGCAAGUUCGAGAACAAGGAUGUCUCUGUCGAAGAGAUGAUGCCUGCCAUCGAUAUAAUAAAUAUCAUCAUGGACCAAGUGGUUUUUUGUCCAAACGCAAGCGAUGGGAACUCCUGUACCAAGUAUUGCACUCUGAAGGACUUGGAGGGACAUUUCUUGGAAUGUGAAAAAACAGAAAUCAUCUGCUUAUCCUGUGGCGAUACAGUGAAGGGUAGAGAUUGGCCAGCCCACGUGACGACAUGCCCGCAACAAAUCAUGCAGUGCCGCUAUUGCAUAGUGGCAGUUCCUCGGUGCAGGCUGGAGCUACACGAACGCCAGUGCAGCUCCAAUCCCAAUGCAGUCCGGGAAGCCGAGUCUUGUCCUACGGCAACGAUGGAUUUUACAGCCCGACUGCGCAGUGAUUGGCCCCAAAAUGAACGGCAACUUCCGGUCACUGCAAUCCCGAACAAGCAGCAUGUGGUACCUGAAGCCAAGCCAACUGCCCUCAGUAAAAUCGACGAUGUCGUCAUGCUGAGCUGUCCAAAAUGCAAACGCAAUGUGAAAAGCAAAAAUAUGGAUAAGCAUAUUAGCGUUUGCCAACAAAGAAUAGAUCACCCAUGUUCACUUGAAGCGAGGCAGACGCCCGAAAUUGCUCACGUGCUGCCCACUCGAAAUGCUGGAGCGAUCAGAGCUCCAGUUCAUGAAAAUCCUCCACUUCAACGCCAAGAGGGCGUUCUACCUGAUGCACCUAUUUCACAUACUGCGCAAGAAGGACAUCCUCAUCAAUAUGCGCUGACCAGUGGAGAUGUUGUGACCAGUGCACCAGUUCACCCAGAUCCCAACCUUGAGCGUCAGAAGUUUGCUCCACCUGAUUCGUCUAUUGCGCACUUUGCCCCAAGUAGACGACUUCACGAUGAAUAUGCACUGCCCACACGAGAUGAUGUUGCAAUGAGAGCCCCGAUUCAACCAGAUUUUCACCUCCAACGCCAGCAGUCUGCUCUACCUGCUUCGUCUACUUCAAAUUUUGCAGAAGAACGACGUCACGAUGGCGAGGCGCCAGCAGUGGGAUCAGAUGCAGACAGACUGCUGAGCGCUUUUGAGGUGGUGAAUGUUUCUGAUGUACCUCGUGAUUGCCACGUCAGUGAGCACGGACCCAACCUUGGGGUUCGUCAAGGAGGCGGCUGUUCCCAAAUGACCACUGGUGACAUUGUGGAAACGCAGCCUUCACGGUCUGAAGAGUCUCCAACAGAUGCUGCUAGCUCAUGGUCCCUUUGGAAUUACGUCCCUUCGGUGACCUGGCCUUGGUUCUAGUACAAGACGUCACACAUGAGGCCAAUUCAAAAUGCUAUGCUGGGUCCUGUGCACUAUUAAAUCUUUUUCCCCAGGCAAGACCAACGACUUCAAGAUGGCCAAGGCAGUAUUUCGGCCACUCCAGUUUUCCUGUUCAAAUUGACUCCAUGGGCACACAAAAUGAAGUUAUGUGUCUAAAGAACUAUUAGGGGUGACUAUGACUCACAUUACAAAAGAACGUUUUUGUUUGGCCCUCAUUCCUUCCAGACAUGUCCUGCUAAGCGAAAUUUACGAUGCCAUAUGCAGUGUAGCACGGCCACAGCACACUACUUCAGAUAUAUUUUUUUUGCCUUAGUUUUGUUUACAUGAACUUGACGCGAGCGUGUCGAGUCGGAAGUCGAGCUAACCUAGUUUCACUUUAUGCGUUUAUAUGCAUCUUCCCAAGGCAGGUUGCGCGAGUGUGUCGAUGCCUCGCGUGCAGAUCGACAAAAGUUACCUCGACCCUGAGCAUAUUUCGACCUGACAACACGACUCGAGUUUUUUUAUAUGGUUCGUGUAAACGCAACUAUUUUCCACACGCGUCUCUACUCUCUGGUACGUUAUGAAAUAGAUAAGCAGCGAUUUUGGACAACAGAGUGCGGAAACUAGAUGCAUUUUUCUUACUGCGAGAAUUCCGAGAAGUCAUAUAAAGAAAAUGUUAUUUUAAUGUCACUAGGUAUUGUUGUGAAGUCCGAGGGGGUCCGAGCUGCAUGCCACGAAGGUUCUAUAGAUGUUGCCAUGCCAGGAGCCGGGAGAAGGAGAGGUCCUGGGAGAUCAGAAAAGGGUUUUAUAUACAACUGUACAUAGUAAUUUAAGCGAAGGGCUCCAAGAUGGUUGGAGCCGUCUACGUGCUAACGUCUUUGCAUGUCCGAGCGUUUUCAUCUCCGAGCGUCACACAACACUCAAGCCCCACUUUUUUAUCCCUUUCGUUUCUCUCUUUCACUCGACAAGAGAAUGCACUUUAGUUCUUCCUAGCCAAUGACAAUCUUCGACAAUAUCCCGCCCAUGAUGUGUCCCCGUUCCGCCGGACUCCACCUCCAAUGUUGUUUGAUCGCCUCCGCACAGCAGGCAACAAUUGGAACCUUCGGAACCAAACGUCGACGUGGUUCCCACGGGAAGGCUCGACACUAGCCCCGUGCAAGAAUUAGUCGCCUCUCCGUGACGGUCAGUUUGACAGGGUCCGGAGACUGGCCUUCGCGGAUGCUACCGUUUCCAGGGAGGGCGACGGCUGUUGUUGUCUCGGAAGGGGGCUCCUGGUUUGUGCGUCACCUUCGGCGCCGAGCCUCGUCGUAGUUCGGGCGGGCGCUGGUACUUGUUUCAGUGACGCACGAGGCCGAUGAUCCAUUUCAGCCUGGGGACUAAUUUCUCGCCCAUCAGUCCCAGGUGACGGGUGAUGCUCCCUUGGCCUCGAGAAACUACGAGCGUGAGCAGCACUCCACAGCUGCACGUCUGUCCGUGAGGCCUCCUUUGUCCAGAAGGAUCGCCAGACAGAACAGUAUGUGUGCAGACUAAGAUGCUUACCAGAGCGAUAAUUUUACGCCCAAAGCACAGACAGGCUUGCUUGCUUGCUUAACACAUUGGAACACGCUCGAAGAAUGAUAACAGUUUCUUCUGUUCAUCAACCUAGUAGCAUUCUGUUUAUUGACAUUCGUAUCCUUUCUUUUAUGGCUUUAAGAAAUUAUAAGAUCACUUAUUUACUUCAUAAAAUACUAAACACCAACUUCCCCUUACCCAACACCACAUUUAAGUUCCCACGUGCAAACACGAGGCAAACAACUAACUUUAACUUAAAGCUUCCCUUAUUGCAGCAAGUGUCUACGGUGAACAAUUAUUGAAGUUUUUGGUGCUAUAGCUUGGAACACUGUGCCUGUGGAAAUAAAAGUAACCUGAAACUUUGAGCUUGCAUGUAAACGCUUCUUGUCUAGUCAAACGUAAUAACUGCUCCUUUGUAAAUUAAUACUUGUUCAUGUAAGCAAUGUUAUUACUCACCGAGAAAAUAUGUACGGGGUUGACCUAUAUAUAUUUUUUUUCAGUAUUGGACCAGCUACUAGCCACUUCAGGCUAUUGGUCCAACUACUUUUGUGCGCAUUCCGUGACUUUUGUAAAUAAAGCUCAUUUUCAUUGAAUGAUUGAUUGAUUGACUGAUAUAAACAAGAGCGUUCAGAAAUCUUUCUGAGCGUAACAUCACUUGCUAUUAGUGCAGUUACUAAAAUAAAAUAUAGAAAAUCUGAAAGUACGCGAGCAAUCUUAUAAUAUCGAAAAUUCUCGCAAUUUUUUGCUGUUAUUGCUUUUAGUGUAUCUUCAGAUCAACUGAAUGUCUGAGUGUCUAAACAUAUAUUGACUCCUCGCCCAAUGAAUAUUUGUUUGUUGUUUAACUAGCACCAGUCUUGAAAGAGUUUCAAUGCUACUUUUGUGGUGAAUAAAGUUUAUAGGGUAAUGCUUUGCA